UAAGAAGUCACAAUUUAAUGGUAAAAAAGAAAGGAAGACAGCACCCAAACGGUUAUCUGGUGAUGAUGUGUUAAAACAAAUUCGUCCAUUAAAGCCAAUUAUAUUUGGGAAACGCCAGAAAAAGCAAUUUCUAGAAGGGCAUGGGAAGUUUCAUAAUUGGAAGAAGCAUAGCAUUUUUUUUGAAUUGCCAUAUUGGAGAACACUUUUGUUACGUCACAAUUUGGAUGUGAUGCAUGUUGAAAAAAAUAUAUUUGACAGUGUGAUUGGGACAAUUAUGAAUAUUAAAGAUAAGACGAAGGAUUCUUUAAGCACUCGUCUUGAUCUAAAAGAAAUGGGUAUACGACAUACGCUCCACCCCAUAGAGGUUAAUGGAAAGAUAGAGCUACCUCCAGCUUGCUAUACACUGUCAAAUGAUGAGAAAAGGGCCAUAUGCUUAUGGCUAAAAAAUCUUAAAUUUCCAGAUGGCUAUUCUGCAAAUUUAUCUCGAUGUGUGAAUAUUGAGGAGAGAAAAAUUUCUGGUAUGAAGACUCAUGAUUGUCAUGUUUUCCUAGAAAGAUUACUCCCACUUGCAGUGCGUGACUUUUUACCUAAAAACGUAUCUGAUGCUUUGACUGAGUUAAGUAACUUUUUCAAAAGAAUUGUGUUCUAAAGUGUUACGAGUGGAUGAUUUGGAUCGUCUUGAAACCCAAAUUGCAAUAACCCUCUAUAAAUUAGAACAAAUUUUUCCACCUUCUUUCUUUGAUGUAAUGGUUCACUUGGCCAUUCACCUAUCUUGGGAAGCUAAAGUUGCAGGUCCAGUGCAAUACAGAUGGAUGUAUCCAGUUGAGAGGUAUUUGCGCAAGCUUAAGAAUUAUGUCCGUAAUAAGGCACACGCAGAAGGGUCUAUUGCAGAAAAGUAUUUAGCAGAUGAAUGUCUAACAUUUUGUUCUCGCUAUUUACAUGGAAUAGAAACCAAAUUUAAUCGGGUAAAGCGAAAUUAUGAUGGAGGUACUUCCGCAUGUGCAAAUACCUCUCAAUUGUCCAUAUUCUCAACACCUGGACGACAUUUAGGGAAAGCAAUAAGGUGUGAGUUGAAUGAUGAUCUUCACAAUGCAGCAACAUUUUAUGUUCUUCAAAAUUGUGUCGACGCUAACCGAUUUGUUGAGUAAGAUGAUCUUCACAAA